GCUUGGGAACCUGGAAGGAACGAGAUGGGGAGCGCUGCUCUUCUAUUCUCUCCUCCGAGUACUGAAAUUCUUCACCCUCAACCUGUACUAGAGCGAGCCCCAAAGAGCUUGAAAAUUGAACGAACCCAAAUCCACCCGCUCCACCCUCCAACAUGUCUGUCGAAACGAUCACGACCAUCUCCCCGACGACCAACGAGCCGAUCUUGACGCGCAACGGCAUCUCCCCGCAAGAACUGGAACAGCUUCCCGAAGUCGCCACCCAGGCUUUCGACUCGUGGCGGAAGACUUCGCUGCAGGAACGCCGGGAUAUCAUUAAGAAGGCACUGGACAUACUUGACAAGAAAAAGGAUGAGUUGGGCACGGAGCUUACUGUCCAGAUGGGCCGCCCCAUCGCUUACACAGCAGGGGAGGUUACGACAGCGUUGAAGAGGGCCGAGUAUCUUCUCAAGAUCAGCGACGACGUGCUCCAGGAUACCCCGGGUGAGGCUGAGAAGGGCUUCAAGAGGUUCAUCCGCAAGGUUCCCGUGGGACCCGUCCUCAUCAUCUUCGCUUGGAACUAUCCGUACCUAAUCCUCGUCAAUUCCCUGAUUCCGGCGCUCCUCAGCGGCAACUCGGUCAUCCUUAAGCCGUCUCCGCAGACGCCAACCAUCGUCGAGCAGGUCGCCAAGGCCUUCACCGAGGCUGGCCUGCCCAACGGCGUGCUCCAAUACUUUCACUCCGGCUCACCUACGAUCAUCGAGUCGAUUGUGAGGCACCCCAAAGUUGCUCUGGUUUGCUUCACUGGUUCCGUGGCUGGUGGCUUGGCUGUUCAGGGUGCAGCAUCAGACCGCAUCGUCAACGUUGGCCUAGAGCUGGGAGGCAAGGACCCGGCAUACGUCCGUGAAGAUGUCGAUAUUGCAUGGGCAGCUGGGGAGAUCGUCGACGGUGCAGUGUUCAACUCGGGCCAGAGCUGCUGCUCGAUAGAGCGCGUGUACGUCGCCGAGAAGAUCCACGACGAAUUCGUCUCCGCGGUCCAGGACGUCCUGAAAGGUUACAGGCUCGGCGAUCCCCUAGACAAAGACACACAUCUUGGACCAGUCGUUUCGAAGAAGUCCCAGGAGGCCAUCGAACGGCAUGUCAAGGACGCAUUGGAUAAAGGCGCCGUCAACGCCACCCCCGCAAAUGAGACGUUCAGCAAGCUCCCAGAGAGAGGGAACUUUGUCGUCCCGACGCUGCUGACAAAUGUCACUCAUGACAUGAAAGUCAUGAAGGACGAGACCUUCGGUCCUAUCAUCCCGGUCAUGAAGGUGAAGACCGACGACGAGGCCGUGAAACUGAUGAACGACAGCGAGUUUGGCCUGACAGCCAGCAUCUGGACAAAAGAUACUGACAAGGGUUAUGAGCUGUGCGAUGGGGUCGAAGCCGGUACCGUCUUCGUUAAUCGUUGCGAUUUCCCGAGUCCUGACCUGGCCUGGACGGGAUGGAAGAACUCCGGAAAGGGCGUCACGUUGAGCAAAUUUGGUUUUGAUCAAUUUGUCAAGCUGAAGAGCUAUCACUUGAAGGACUAUCCCAAAUAGUGAAUCUAGGCUAGCGGCGGCCUGCGCGUUGACGCAGGGAGACUUCCGGCAAGGGAUAUCGCCAAUCGCACGCGACAAGUUUUAGACUAAUAACGCAGACAGCCAAUUCCAAUUGUUUGAGGC